UGCCAGCUCUCACCCUUCUCUCUUGAAACACAAUGCACAAUUUCCCGGCCAAGAGACUUUUUCCUUCCAGUGCCGUUUCAACAUCUCUUUUCUCCCUCACGUCCCCAGCCAAUAAAAAGAGACACGUCCCUCUGUGCCUGCAGAGCGAAGACUCGGGGAGUUCGAGCGAGACCCAGGUCCUUGUCGUGCUUCUUGCUUGGAGAUUUUAACUGAAGGCUCCACAGGAUGCUCAGGCUGGCUGUGUUCCUCUGUGCUCUGUGUGCUGUCUCAUGGGGGUUUCUCUGCCUUCACAUUGUCACCCCAGGCAAAUGGGGCGGCCAACCCGCCAAGUGCUCUUCGCCUCUCAAGGCAGUGCAGACUAGAUACGUCAUUAUCCUCCAAACAGCCGGCAGCAGCUGCAAAACGGGUGCUGAAUGCAACCAACAGAUGGUGAAUAUCCAGCAUUACCACAUGAACAACAACGGCUGGUGCAACAUUGCCUACAACUUCCUGAUUGGUGAGGAUGGGAAGGUGUACGAAGGCAGAGGAUGGAAUACAGAAGGCGACCACACUUAUGGUUACAGUGACAUCUCUCUGGGCAUUGCCUUUAUCGGCGACUUUACAGGGUCCCUGCANGCCGGCAGCAGCUGCAAAACGGGUGCUGAAUGCAACCAACAGAUGGUGAAUAUCCAGCAUUACCACAUGAACAACAACGGCUGGUGCAACAUUGCCUACAACUUCCUGAUUGGUGAGGAUGGGAAGGUGUACGAAGGCAGAGGCUGGAAUACAGAAGGCGCCCACACUUAUGGUUACAAUGACAUCUCUCUGGGCAUUGCCUUUAUCGGCGACUUUACAGGAAGGUCUCCCAACGCAGCAGCCUGGAAAGCUUUGAAGCACCUGCUCCACUUCGCUGUUAAGAAUGGCUACUUGUCUUCUGACUACCUCCUCAUGGCGCAUGGGGACAUCAGCAAUACCGUUUCUCCCGGGCAGCCCAUCCGCGAGGUCCUCAAGACGUGGCCGCAUUAUAAACACUGAGCGCCACCAGCCUGGUGAAGGAUGCGUGUGGGUGUUGAAAGUCGAGGAUGCUGGCCGAGGAAUCUGUCUCUUUUCAUGUGCUUAGGAUAUAUAGAAAGAUAGUUUGACUCGUAAAUGUUUCGGGUUGGAUUCUCAGCCCCAGUUCUGUCUGCUGAGCAAUGCACGGGGGAAGCAAUGUGGCUGCAUCCAGCCAGUUGAGAGUCCCCCCCCCGUUGAAAUUCUGACCUGGUGUCAGACAGAGCAAAUUCUUCUGCUGACUGCUCAGGCACCUGAAACCCAUUGAUUUCAACGUGUUUUAGGCACCUUGUUGGUUUUGAAAAUCCUCCUAGGUACCUAAAUAUUUUAAAAAUCUGGCCCUUAGAGACCAGAGCCAGCUGCGGUUAAUUAGAGCAGCCCCUAGACUGCUCUAAUUUAUGUCAAGGCUGGGUCUGGGACAGCCUGAGAAUUCAAGGGAGAUAACUGGCUCCUGACUGUCCUUGACACCUUGCACCAAGCGUAUCUCGCUGCAGGGGAGAAAGUGGCCUCAUUCUCCUGCAAAGGUUUUACAGUAGAACGAACCUCAGAGUUAAAACACCAGAGUUAUGAAGUCACCAGUUACCCACACACCUCAGUUGGAACUGGAAGGACGCAAUCACAGUCCUGAAUUAAACGUAAACUACUAAAAAAAUAAAGAGAAAGUAGCAUUUUAAAAGCAUCUUCUGCAUAGCAAAGCUUCUAAGCUGUGUUAAGUCAAUGUUCAGUUGCAAAGUUUUGAAAGAGCAGCCAGAAGGUUUUGCUCAGAGUGACGAACACGCUCCAUGCCCGAGGUGUUUGUGACUCCGAUGUUCUCCCAUAUUUGAUUCUGUAGCUAAUCCGUGAAGUCAGCAGCCUCUUGUCCUCACUGGCCUCCAGAAGUCCAUCCUCGUAAAACCCUGAUCAUGUCCCUGCUCCCUGCACAAAUGCUUCAGCUCCAAUGAAACUAGGGUGACCAGAUGUCCCGAUUGUAUAGGGACAGUCCUGAUAUUUGGAGCUUUGUCUUAUAUAGGCUCCUA